CAAGAAAUGUCCAAUGUUAGAAUCGUGGUUGACACCAAAGUGAUGGUGAUGAAGGUGGAGGUAAACAAAGCAGCUGCUCUGGAUGAUGAUGAUGGGGGUGACGUAACAGAACAUUCAUACAUACACUGGACUGGAAUGCCGUCCAACUCCACUGUGGCCAGAACUCGUAUCGUCUCAUGGAGCAUCUUCUUCGUUUUGUUGAUCGUGUAAGAGAAUCUCUCAGCAGUGGCUCCCUCCAGCCCAGCCAGGUUACUAACACCGUUGUAGACACUGCCGUUGUUCUCAAAGUCUCCAAUCCUCCACCGUAUCAUUCCAGGGAGUUUGAUAGCACAUGUGAAGUGUGCCCACCCUCCCUCAGUCACUACCACCGAGUGAGGGUGCUCUCUAAUUGGGUCAUUUCGAGUGAUUGCUGCUGUGGAGACUGUAAUGAAAAC